UUAGGUGCUAAAAGGCGUUGAAAUAUUACAGCAGUGGCACGGCAAACUUUUCUUGGCUGUGGAGGAGGAUGUGAAAGGGAAUGGCAAUUUCAAUACAAGCAAUCUGGGAUCUUUCUUGUCUUCGCGGUCAUACAAGUCUUCCAACAGAACUGUGCGCAUUUACGCACUUGGAGAGGUCCUCGGCGAUUUAGGGGAACAUUUCAGAACCAAACAUGACUGAGGAGAACAAGUUAUUGACGGGGCAUGCGUGCAGUCCAGCGGGCAGUGAAGGCUCCGUGUCCCGGCACGGAUCGGACUCAGAGUCCCCGACGUCUCCGACGGGCUCCGAAGCGCAGGAGGCGCCGCGCCCGCCCGGGAUUACGCACAAGCCCGAGAGCAGCCCGGAGGAGGAGCGGUUUCCCGCAUGCAUCCGCGACGCGGUGUCGCAGGUCCUGAAGGGCUACGACUGGUCGCUGGUGCCUAUGCCCAGCCAGGGGGAGAAGGGUCUGAAAAUUAAACCUCACGUCAAACGCCCGAUGAACGCGUUUAUGGUUUGGGCGCAGGCAGCGCGGAGGAAGCUGGCCGACCAGUAUCCCCAUCUGCACAACGCUGAGCUCAGCAAGACGCUGGGAAAACUUUGGCGACUUCUCUCUGAGACGGAGAAGCGGCCCUUCAUCGAAGAGGCCGAGAGGCUGAGGCUGCAGCACAAGAAAGACUACCCGGACUACAAGUACCAGCCUCGGAGACGCAAGAACGGCAAACCGAGCCAAGCGGAUUGCAGGCCUGGACUGGCCCAGGCGUCGCAGCAAGUGCAGGGCCUGUAUAAGACGGAUCCAGGGGUGGGCGGCCUGGGAGGUACAGGAGAGGCGCCCCAUCACUACCACCCAGACAGGACAGGUCAGUCCCACGGACCCCCGACACCUCCCACCACCCCCAAAAUCGACCUGCACGUGGGGACCAAGCACGAGGGCCGUCGCCCCGUGGACGUCGGCUCCGCUCCCAACCGCCAGAACAUCGACUUCAGCAACGUGGACAUCUCGGAGCUCAGCACGGACGUCAUCGGCACCAUGGAUGGCUUCGACGUCCACGAGUUCGACCAGUACCUGCCUCCCAACAGCCACAGCACCUCCGUCCUAACCCCGCCGGAUACCGGCCACCCCUCCGGACCGUUCGUCCCGGCCGGCGCUCACUGUCACUCUCACUGGACGCCCAAAACGCCGUCCUCUACCAGUCGCGACGCCCGCGGGACACUCGAGGUCGGCGGUCAUAAACCCCAGAUAAAAACCGAGCAGAUGAGCCCGGGUCACUACAGCUCCACCGCCUCCUCCUCCUCCCCAACUCCUCCUCCACCACCAGCAUCGCACCAACCUGAGUACACCUGCCUAGGCUCGGGCUCGGGGCCUUCCUCCACCUCGUCCUCGUCCCCUCCCAGUCAAUCAGAUUACACUGACCUUCAGAGCUCCGGCUUCUACAGCGCGUUCUCCGGUUACCCUGCCAGUCUGUAUCAAUACCCCUACUUCCACUCCUCCCGCAGGUCUUACACCACGCCGCUUAUCAACAGCCUGGCCUUGGCGCAGCCUCCGCACAGUCCUCCUCCUGGCUGGGAGCAGCCUAGCUACACUUCCCUCAGCAGGCCUUGAAGAGGACCAAAAUGUGGCCUUACGAGUAGACUGACAAUGUUUGGACAUUUAGCAGGUUAAAUGUUAUCUGGACUGAUAUUGUUUGGCACCGUUUCGUGUCGAUAUGUCGCUACAUUUGUUUGUUUUCAUGCAAAAAAAAAAAGAAAAAUGGUUGCGUUCAGUGUUUUUCCUUGUCUCUCUUCUGAGUAAAAAAUAACUACUGCAGAAUGA